AUGAGUUCUGUGUUGACUAGAGUCAGGAAUUUUCUAAAAUCCGGGAAAAGCUUUGCUCUUUUGGGAGAGGAUGGGACUGAGACGGACAACAUUGCUCAUGCUAAGACUAUAUCGUUUGGAGAAGAUAAAUUCUCGCUAGAAGAACCUACAGAAUUCGAGAUAGGUGGUGGUCACGUACCAUUGAGGGUGAUUGUUCAUUGUUGGCUUCAUAGAAAUUCGAGUGCAGCAGACUAUUUGGCUGAUUGUCAGGAGAAGCAAACUACCAACGUUUCCUUCUUACAGAGAAAUGAUCUGAUCAAUUGGUUGUCAGGGAAUUCUGAGUCUUCACAAUAUAUCAAAACCGUCUCUCCAGAUCAGCAAAAGACAAAUGGCGAGGCACAGGCAACAGCUGAGGAAGACUCCACAAAAGAAAAUGGGAAACCAGAGGAUGCGGUCCUUGCAGAAGCUCUAGCGCAUGAAAGACCUCUAUUAGAUCACAAUUCGUCUUUACGUGGUAACAGGCUGGUUAAUUUGGGGUAUCUAAUCAAGGAUGCAGAGCUAAAACUUGUACAAUCCCUCAAGGCCUCUAUUCGUUCCAAGAAAUCACAAGGCGCACAUGGACGUGUAGCGAAACCCGGUGCAGUGUCGAAAGGAGGUCCACGUAAGGAACCGAUCAUUCUUAUACCUUCGGCAGCCUCCUCUGUGUUCACAAUGUCCAAUAUCAAACAAUUUUUACAAGACUCUCAGUAUUGCAACCCUAGAGAACUCUCAGCGGCUCAUUCAGACCUAAUUACAGUGGAUAAAAAACUCGACCGUUUUACGAAACCCAUACGGUUUAUUGUUGUGAACAACACUAGAAUGUUUACGAAGCCCGAAUACUGGGAUAGAGUCGUCGCGGUCUUCACCAUGGGUCACGCCUGGCAAUUUAACAACUACCAAUGGAAUACCCCACAAGAACUAUUCCAACAUUGCAAGGGUUACUAUUUCCAUUUCACAGGUGAUUCAGUGCCCCAGCACGUACAACAAUGGAACGUACAGCAAGUUGAACUCGAUAAAAGUAAACGGUUCAAAGAUAUCGAAGUGGCUCGAUUUUUUUGGAAUAGCCUCGAGAAGGAACUGGUAGCCAGAGGCUUCCACUAG